AUGACCGAGUUUCGAAUGCCCCUCCACCAGGGACCUCCUGCCCGAAAGCCCCUCGGUGGCCCCCAGCACGGAUACGGAUAUCAGCAUUACGAUGCUCCCCGAGGUCAACUGGCCCCCCACUUAGCAAGCCCUCAAACUACACACAGCCGGACUCGUACCACAUCCUCCAGCGUGUUCCCCUCCCAAGCUUCUCAGCAGUACUACGGCGCUCCCCCGCCGCCCCCAAUCCCGCAAACAAUGCCUCUCCCUCACCAUCCCUCAUCUCGACGCAUGUCGAGCACUACAACUUCAACCUCUUCUACUGGCAACCACCCAAUGGCACAAGCGGGGCAUGGGGUGUCUGACAUCCGACGGACCGCUUCGUCUCGCUCUGCCAACUCCCAACUUGGAUAUGUGGCUCUGAUGCGCCGGCAAAAGGCCACCGUUUGGUGUGACCGUUCUCAGCCAGAGGACGCGAGAAUGCGCGAGCAAGCCAUGCGGGCUAAAAAGCGAGCCUAUUUGGAAGUUCAUGGAUCAGGUGCCCGGGCCGGAACCCUCAAUAGCGGCAAGAUUCGACACGGCCCUAAAGGCGCAGCCGAGUUCUCGCCUUCAAACCUUGUCGGGGCUAAGGUCCCGGUCCGGUUGAGCGCGAACGAGGUUGGCGACGGUGAUGAUGACGCUAUCAGCACGGACGGUGGCGCAGUUCACCGACGGACCGGUAGUGGUCGUAGCUCCCUGGGGAGCGCUCACCGUUACCCCAGUGGAUACAACAGGCCACAGGGCACCAUGGGAAGCAACAGCACUCCACCGAACGAGAAGACAGAUCUGCCAGAAGUGUCUGAAAAUACAACGGCAGAAAUUCAGGAAGAAGAGAAGAGCCGACUGUCAUCCCUCAUCAAGGACGAUGCUGCAACAACACACAGUAGUGAGCAAGAGCAGGAAGAUGCGGUUGGUGACAUGCAGGCACCAAGUGCCGCUACUGCAGCCGCUGAAAAGGCCAAGAAGGCCGCCGAUCUACGACGAAGAGGAAGUGUGGACGAACGAACGACGUCCAUGACCAAUGUUCGGCUGUUUGUUGCAAACCCGGACUCCGACAGCGAUUAA